UUAAGGUAACUGAUAAAACGCUGCAAAAUUUGUGAGACUGACGUAUGUUCCUGGUAUUUAUUGGGUCAUGUGCAAUCCCCUUAACGGUAAUUCGUAAUACGCGUAAAUUGGCGGUAAUGCUAUUAAAAUUUAUCUCUAACCAUGAACGGGGAUGGCCCGACAGGAUUAAAGCUACAGCCAAUUUGAAAGUAGCUCCAGUUACUUCCAACAUUGUAAACACGAAUACCCUGAAAUAAAAUUAUAUUUGCAACCCUUGACUGAGCUCCAACAGAGAAAACAGAUCGGAAAAAUCGUCUUCUUUUCAUUUAUAAAUGCAACUAUCUUUCGAAGUAGAAAGCCGAAACUUUCAAUAAUUCUUGCCGUUUGCGAACGGAAAUAAAUGUAGUUAAGUGAAGGGCAUGGACAACUUCGUCUGCCUGAAACUCUUAGCUUAAAUUGUACAGAUUACAAGGAGUCCUUUUUCCCAAGUUCAGUGUGUCAAUUUAGUUAGAAAUAACCUUUUCCGCACCUGUGCGCGUAAAAGGAAAAAAAAAAACGCUCUGUUCCAGGCCCAGGUCAACUUUGAUGUCUACUCCAAUUCAGGUCCACUUUAGAAUAAGUUUCCCGGUUCAGGAACUUUCAAAAACGAAAAAGAAUGUUUUCCUCUUCACUUUCGAAGCCGUAUGCAACGCAAGCUGCUAUUUAUGGCAACAGAUUGACUGUGGGGACACCACUGGGGAAAAUGACUCUUCAUCACCUGGGAACCAGUCCCGGCUUGCAUCAGCUGCUGAAAAUGUAAAUUAUAAUGGACGCGAAAGAACACCUUUACAAAGUACUUGUUAUUGGAGAAUAUGGAGUUGGGAAGACGUCCAUUAUCCGGAGAUACACUGAAGGGUCCUUCACACCAAACUACAAGCUUACAAUAGGAGUUGAUUUUGCUUUGAAAGUUCUCUACUGGGAUGAAAUGACAAAGAUUAAUCUUCAGCUUUGGGAUGUUGCUGGCCAUGAGAGAUUUGGUCACAUGACAAGGGUGUAUUAUAAAUAUGCAAUUGCUGCCAUAAUUGUAUUUGACUUGACAAGACCACCAACAUUUGAUGCAGUUCUUAAGUGGCACUGGGAUGUAAACCAAAAAGUUAUGCUGACUAAUGAAAAACCAAUUCCAGUUCUCUUACUAGCAAAUAAAUGUGACUUGAAAGAACAUCCUUAUGAUGAGGAAAGAUUGAAUCAAUUUUGUCAAGAACAUGGAUUCAUUGGCUGGUUUCCAACAUCAGCAAAAGAGGACCAAAAUAUUGAUGAAGCAAUGCAGGUACUGGUGCAAGCCAUUUUAAGUGUGUCUGGUGAAAGCAAAACACCUAAUUUGAAUGAUUGUGUAGCCUUGCGAGGAACAGUGUUACAAUCUUCAACUCUGAUGUCUUAUGACUCACGUUAUAUGGUGGACUUUUCACAAAAAUAUCAAACUGAUGAAUCUUAUAGUCAAGCUGUCCCUCCCUCCAAGGAAAGAAAGUGUUGUCCUGGCUAGCAACUUGACUACUAAAAUUAUAGCUUUAGCUUGUAACUGUACAUGCUUGAUAUGAAAAGGGGGUAAGUUUCUAAAGAAACUGUGGUGCUGCAUCUGUGGGAGAGUAUAUAAGGGUAACUUAGUAUUAUCAACUGAGUUGAUACCAUAAAUUGGCCACAUUAAAAAGUUUAAAAAGCUGAUGUUUUGAGUGUUAACCCUUUGACAGAGCAAUGGACAAAGGGCUAACUCAUGAAACGUUAGCUUUUCAACUCUUUGCAGUGGCCAAUUUAUGUUAUCAACUCAGAGGAUAACACAAAAUUACCAUGCUUAAUGUAGCCUCCUUCGCCUGCAGCAAUUCUUUUGGGUCAUGGUUUUGGCAAUGUUUUGACAUUGCGUGACAUUCCAAAAACAGCUGCAAAUGUGAACUAAUUUAUCCUUUGAUUAACACGAGCCACCAAGAGAGAAUUUCUCCUUCCAAAUCAAUGCAAUAUCAAGCAGACAAGUGAUGAGAAUAAAGAAAAAUAUCAAUUAGGAGACUUAACUUUAUCCAAUGUUAACUUCUCAGAACUA